AUGAGCGAGCCCAAACCCACUGGCACCACCGAGGUCCCCGAGGCGCCCGUCUGCCCCGUGGACCACAGCACGCGCUCCGCAUGGCUCAAUGCUACUACGAAGCCCUCUGCCUCCUGCGACUCGUCGACCAUGGACCAGACGCUGCCGCCCAACCACCCGCCGCUACCAAACACGAUGGCGGGACUCGGCACGGAGCGCGAGGUCUCCUCGAUCCCGCGCGCGGGGACCGAGGGGAGCAACUCGGAGCACAACCCGCACACGACGAAGGGCGCGAAUGGGCGCUGGAUAUAUCCCAGCGAGGAGAUGUUCUUCAAUGCCAUGAAGCGCAAGGACUGGGAUCCGAAGGCGGAGGAUAUGAGGACGAUUGUGCCGAUACAUAAUGCGGUCAAUGAGAGGGCGUGGAAGGAGAUUAAGGAGUGGGAGAAGGGGAGGGGGAGCGAGAAGUGUGGCGGGCCGAAGCUGGUCUCCUUCUCGGGCGACUCGCAGAAGCUGACGCCGAAGGCACGGAUGAGGGUGCUGUUUGGAUACCAUGCGCCGUUUGACAGACACGACUGGACAGUCGACCGCUGUGGGAAGAAGAUUGAUUAUGUCAUUGACUUCUACAGCGGGAAGCACGACCCCAAGCAGCCAGAGGCCGUGAGCUUCUACCUGGAUGUCAGGCCAAAGCUCAGCGUGGAGGGCGUCAUGAUGAGGGCGCAGAAGUGGUUUGGGUCGUUCUUCUAG